AUGUUACCCCUAGCACCACCUUCAAAAACCCCUAAUCAUUGCCUGAACGUGUUUACGAAGCAGGAAGCGUCAACAUGUGUGGAGAAGGAGGAAGUCAAGGUCGAAGUUGAAAGGUUCAUUGACCUGGCGAGGCAGAUGGAAGCCUCCUUCUUACAGAAAAGGUUCUUACUAUCAGCUAUGAAGCCGGAACUGCUCGUAAAAGAAGAGAACAACGACUUGAAAUGCGAGUUGCAGCGCAAGGACGAGUUGCUCAGACGUCACUAUGACAAGAUCAGCCAGUGGCAUAAUCUGUUAGCUGAUCUUCAGGGUCACACAGUAUACAACAAGUGUCAACAGCAAACGACACCGCAGCCGAUGCAACAAGCCGCCUCUCCGAUGCAGCAACCAUGCAGCGUGCAGCAAAGCGUGCAGGCCCAGCAAAUGGCAGCUGCUGCAGCCGCGCAGCAAGCGGCGCUCCAGCAGCAAGCAAUGCAGCAACAACAGAUGCAGAGCAAUUUAGCUCAGAGUAUGUUCCUGGCUGGUGGCCGAGGUGGUUACGCGGGUGCGGCCUUGCAGGGACCACUGGCGUACUUGGAGAAGACUGCGACCAAUAUAGACAUGGUGGGGCUGGGUGAUGGGCGAAGGUGA